CAUACAAAGAUUAGACUUAACUAGAUGAGACCUAUCCCACGGCCACAGGCCCAAAUUCCCCUCCUCCCCACCUGCGACAUUCUCGAAGAGUUUCAGUUUGACAAUGGGAGCUAGCCGAAAGCUACAGGGUGAGAUCGAUCGGGUUCUGAAGAAAGUUCAAGAGGGCGUCGAUCUUUUUGACAGUAUCUGGAACAAGGUUUAUGAUACGGACAAUGCGAAUCAGAAGGAGAAGUUCGAGGCCGAUCUCAAGAAGGAGAUCAAGAAACUCCAGAGGUACCGAGACCAGAUCAAAACAUGGAUUCAGUCCAGCGAGAUCAAGGAUAAGAAGGUUAGUGCCUCUUAUGAGCAGGCUCUGAUGGAUGCUCGUAAGCUCAUCGAGCGUGAGAUGGAAAGAUUUAAGAUAUGCGAAAAGGAAACUAAGACAAAAGCGUUCUCGAAGGAAGGCCUGGGCCAACAACCUAAAACGGAUCCGAAGGAGAAGGCUAAAUCAGAAACAAGAGAUUGGUUGAACAACGUGGUGGGAGAGAUGGAAUCUCAAAUUGAUAACUUUGAAGCUGAGAUUGAGGGGCUUUCUGUUAAGAAAGGGAAAACGAGGCCGCCCAGAUUGACACAUUUAGAGACUUCAAUCGCCCGCCACAAGGCUCAUAUAAUGAAGUUAGAAUUGAUUUUGAGACUAUUGGACAAUGAUGAAUUGAGUCCUGAGCAGGUCAAUGAUGUUAAGGAUUUCUUGGACGACUAUGUGGAGCGCAAUCAGGAUGACUUUGAUGAAUUUAGUGAUGUUGACGAGCUUUACAGCUCUUUGCCAUUAGACAAGGUGGAGACUCUUGAAGAACUAGUUAUAAUUGGUCCUCCUGGUCUUGUUAAGGGUGCUGGUGCCGUUACUGCAAUUUUAAGCGUGAAAAAUUCAUUGGCGACAUCCCCAACUCUGCAACUGGGUAUUCCCAUUCAAGAGCAAGCUGAAGAGACAGCUUCCCACGAAAGUAACUCUGAUAUUGUUGCAAGGUCUCCACCGCCUAAAAAUAGUCCAACUAGUUCUUCUGCAACAUCACCAACAGGGAGCCACGUAACUCAUGGUGCUGUGAGCACUUCAACCCCUUAUUUGUCUGGUGCAUCAACUGCUUCAGUAAUCCUUGCAGGUCCAAAUACUAUUCGAGGUGUGUUGGAAAAUGCAAGUGCUUCCCUGUCUUCAUCUGCUGUGAAUGUGUCUAAUUCUUCCAAGGAGGAAGAGACCGCAAGCUUCCCUGGUCAUAAGUUCUCUCCAGCUCUUACUGAAACUGAAGUAGGGGGUCCUGGUAGGGAUGGCCUAACCAACCACCCAUCUACUAGUGCAGUUCUGACUUCUGGGAUUGCAAUUCCUACCACCGGAGCUAUUGGUGCUGUUUCUUUAGUCUCUGAAAUGGUGACGAGAAAUACAUUGGGAGCUGAUGAGAGACUUGGGAGUACUGGAGUGGUGCAGCCUUUGGUUUCCCCAGUAAGUAAUAGGGUGAUCUUGCCACAGGCUGUCAAGGCUACUGAUGGAGCUGGUACGGCCGAUGGUGGCAAUAUUGGCGAGGGUGCAGUUAUGGCUGGCAGGGUCUUCUCCCCCUCUGCAGUUCCUGGUAUACAAUGGAGGCCUGGAAGUCCAUUUCAGAACCAGAGUGAAGUUGGGCAGUUCCGUGGAAGAACUGAAAUUGCUCCUGACCAGAGGGAGAAGUUUUUGCAGCGCUUCCAGCAGGUACAGCAACAAGGCCAGAGUAAUCUGCUUGGCAUGCCUUCUCUUGGUGGGGGAAAUCCAAAGCAGUUCUCUGCACAACAGAACCCACUCUUACAGCAGUUCAAUUCUCAAAGCACCUCUGUCUCACCUCAAGGUGGGUUGGGACUUGGAGUCCAAGCAUCAGGUCUUACUGCUGCUGCAUCUUCCUCACAACAGCAGCCAAUUCCAAUCCACCAACAGUCUGCUCCGCAGGCAUUGAUAUUGACAGGAUCAAAAGAUGCUGGAUUUGGUCAUGCAAAAGCUGAGGUGACGCAACAACGGCCAACUCAGUCUGAUGAUUCAACUACAGAUCCUACUUCAACCACUGGGCUGGGAAAGAAUCUCAUUAAUGAUGAUGAUUUGAGAGCUUCUUUUACAUUAGAUACGCCGGCAGGAGUAUCCGGCUCUUUGACAGAGCCUGCCCAAGUGCCAAGGGAUAUUGAUAUUUCUCCUGGACAACCUUUGCAAUCCAAUCAACCCUCUGGCAGCCCUGGUGUUAUUGGUCGUAGAAGCAUUUCAGAUCUUGGCGCAAUUGGUGAUAACAUUGGUGGAUCAUCUGCAAAUUCUGGUGGAAUGCGUGACCAAGUACACAAUUUGCAGAUGCUUGAGGCUGCUUUCAACAAACUUCCUCAACCCAAAGACUCUGAACAUGCAAAGAGCUAUAUUUCGAUGAACCCUGCAGUGACUCCUCCUAGCUAUCCUCAAGUACAGGCACCUAUUGUCAAUAAUCCUGCAUUCUGGGAACGACUGGGAGCUGAAAAUAAUGGCAUUGAUACCUUGUUUUUUGCAUUUUAUUAUCAGCAGAAUACUUAUCAUCAAUAUUUGGCUGCAAAAGAGUUGAAGAAGCUAUCGUGGAGAUAUCAUAGGAAAUACAAUACAUGGUUUCAACGGCAUGAGGAGCCAAAAGUCACCACUGAUGAGUAUGAGCAGGGGAUAUAUGUAUACUUCGAUUACCAUAUCAACAACGGUGAUACGCAACGUGGAUGGUGCCAAAAAAUCAAGACUGAAUUCACUUUCGAGUACAACUAUCUUGAAGACGAACUUGUUGCAUAGAAAAUGUACAGAACCCUCUACACUGACGAUCAUAUGUUACCUUCCAGCUGUUAGUGCCGAUGCUGACAGACUCAAAACUUCCUUAUAGUCAACUAAGUUUUGAAUGAAUUUUCAACUUGAAAAGCCAUUUAUGAAAGGCCGUCUACAUUCUUGGCAUUUUAUUUGUUUUUUCCCUAUCCUGAUGAAGGAUAAAUCAUUAAAUCCAUCUUGUCCUUUGUAUUUCUAAUUCCCCGUGACAUUGUCUUUUUCCUGCAAUAUCAUACUGACAAAUCGUAUAUCGACUUGAAA